ACGCCUUCGGCUUCCCGUUCUUUGGCGUGGUGAGCAUCAAUACCAUGGCUUCGAUCGCAGCGGAAAGGUAUCUUACUGUUACCAAACGUUCCCAGUCAUGGCGGGUAGCACGGAUGCAAGGAUUCCGCUGCGUUAUGGCAGUAUGGGUCAGCGCCUUCCUCAUUGCGGUCCCCAACAUUGUCUUACUCUCCGACUCCUCUGCCAACACAAGCCAACUGAGGAACAGCAUCUGUAACCUGGACGUCAAUCAGUACGAAACCUCUGUAUUCGACAUCUUGUACCCUAUAUACUUCCUUGUGGUGUGUCUACUAGCCCCGGUGUGCGUCACAACGUACUGCUACUGCAAGCUCUAUUUUAUGGUGCGGCAUGUCGCACGGAGGGUACGUAUCAGUCGCAUGUCCGUGAUAGCAAUGACAGUAACAGGAACAGAAGGAACAACUGUGCCUGCACCAGGAACAUCUGCUGGGCCCCAGGAUGAGGUAAAGACUGAACGCAUCAUUGCGAAGAGAAUGAUUUUCAUGGUGUUGGUGACGUUCUUGAGCUGGCUUCCAUACUCCUUAACUGAAAUCGCCGUCAUUGGUAUGCAUUACAGGAUUCCUCUAACUCUCCGUAUUCUUCCGUCCGUCUUCGCCAAGGGAUGUAUUUUAUACAAUCCGUUGAUAUACAUUGCCUUCUCCAAGAAAUUCCGGCAGUCGUUCAAGGACUACUUACAGUGCAAAUGGGGCAAGAAGUCAAGAGUACAGGCCAUAAGGGGUGCUGUAGCGCCGGCAGCAAGCCCAAGGCUAGGGAUGGGCAAGGACAUACGAAUGGAACGGUCCUCGUUUAUGCGACAGAAGACGUUUCCACUUCUCAACCAACAGAAUAUGAUCCAUGAAGCACAGGAUCCUGGGAAUGGUCAAAGAUAUCUUGAUCCUGGAGGGAAUACAACCAGCGGGUAUGGCACUGCCAGCCUCACACCCACUGCAUAUCUCAGUCGAACUCCCAUGCCGUCCAAUUCUCUUAAUCCAUCGACUCAAGUAACUUAUUUGGAUCCCAGUACUAACAGUCAAUACGGUAAUCUUAGUAGUCAAGGUGGUAGCUCUUUUGCAGCCAAAUCUCCGGCUAGAGUGAAAAUAAGCUUACCAGAGACACAGAUGCGAACAGCUAUGCUGCUCCGAAAAGAUACAGAGGAAACAUUUCGUUUUAUCCAUGAAGCAAGGCCGCAGCCGCGUAGAAAGAACGGCAUGUCAACCUUGCAAGUGCCUUCACUGUCUGGUCUGGUGAUUCCUGCAUCACAUCGCCAAAUAAAAGUGCAGAUGUCGACACCGUUACCUGGUGUUCCUGAUAACAGCGACAGUCGGGACAGUUCAGACCCACAUGUCACAAGCAAGACGUAGAUGAGGUAUAUGAAUCCAUCAUUCUGCCUAUUGCCAAUAUACAUGUAUUGUCCUCUACUCCCAAAACAUCCUCCAUAUGAGCUCUUAAAGUUGAGGGAGUCCAACCUUACAAAGCAUUUUUAAAGAGAAGAGAAUUAUUUUUUUAUCUAAAUCGCGAAUCAUCUUGAAACAAGCAAAUCCUUGAAUGGUAAUCUGGAAACGAACAUAUUAACUGCUCCAGAGCAUCAAACGUUCAUUUUUUUGUCAUUUAGGGAACUUUUUUUAGCUUCUAAUCAUGUAUUUAAAUUACUUGUGUUAUCAAACAUUUUUUGGGCCAAUUCAGUUGAAAGUAAAUCUCCAUACCAGGCUACAGGGAAGAAUUUUAAUGUCAGAGUAAAGAUCAUAUUACAUGUUGUCUCACUGUCCAGAGUUAAUACGUCUGCAUUGCCCCUGAACCUGGUUUUUCGUAUAAUUUCAUACCCAAGGCUAGCUUCAGGUGUAAAAAAUCUCAAGGUUCCCCAAAAGAUUCAACUCUAGAGCCAAUUUAGUAAAGCAAAAGUCUAAAGCAAAUUAAAAGCCAAAAGAACUGUGAAUAGGAACAACUUUCGACUUCACUUCAUGGAGCUUCUACAACUACUGAACCAAAUCCAGAUAUCUUGGUCUCAUUUUUCUUUUCGAAAGAUUAUCCAUCCAUUGCUAUAUACAAGUCCUUUAGGUAUACAUAUGGUAUGAUCAUCCAUUUUUCUAGGCAAACCUGAAAAGCAGAACCUUUAUGGUAUCCUGGCUUGUUUUUAUUCCCAGUUGGUAUUGUUUUGGCCGACAUGCAGCAUAAGUGACUAUAACAUCGUGAUGUUUACAAAUAUCGCCAUGUUAAAAAGCCCUCUACACAAAAAAUUGUGAAGUCAAGGGAGAGCUGGAAUAACCGUCGUGGUUAGAAUGAGACAGAGAGAACUAGCAGGUUGACACGCUGUUUUUGCAACGCUGUUGUGGGCUGGCUUCGUGGAUGCAGCAACAGGGUUGUACCAGGAUUUCAUUUUUGGUUCACUUCAUGAAAUCAGGUACAGCUGACUUCUGUAUUUCGAGAACAUAAAACGGAACACAUGAUUUAAAUGUUUCACCUAGAGUAGUUGUGGUAGAACUCACAGUUUCUUUUGUAGGGGCCUCUUGAAUGCAAAUUUCUUCACAAAAACCCCACUUGGUGUGGUAUCACUGCAAGUCUCAAAAUGUUGGUUCCAGUUUUCUACCAACCUCGACUUUGUCCCAGCAUGUGCUUUUCUCAGAUAAACCAAUUCUCAUUGACAACAAAAACUGUCAUUUUCUCUUGAUGAUCAUUCUGUACCUAAAGUCGAUAACCAUGCCAACCACCACCAUAUCAUGCAUCUAACAAUGCAAGCAUUGUUGACUUCUGUAUGUAACCCAACCCUCACAUUCUAUAUUGAACACCAUUUAUUGGCUUAUUGACUGAUGCCAUAUUGCAGACUGUUACCAUCACCAUUUAAUAGUUCCAGACCAAAUGAAGGGAAGGAGCAGAAUUGCACCAUUUAUAAAAACCCUGAAAAUGUUGUCCAAGGCUCUUAUAUGUGAUGGGUGAUUAUAAGCCAGAAUACCACACUCAAUAUGCCAAUGUGCUUUUUUAGUGUAGGUUUUACAAUAGAGGUGUUAUUAUACAACCUACAGUGCCUUUGAUGACAUGUGAUAAUCUGACUUGAAUGCAAGUUACCAUGGCAACGGAAUAAACUAAAUGUUCUGUUCCCUCCAAUUAUGUCCUUAUACAAAUGUCAAACGUCAUUCACGUACAUACAACCGCUAUGUUAAAACUAAAGGUAUAUUUUCAAAGGAAAGAUACCACUUAUGGCAAAAAUUAUUAACACAUGUACAGGGACAAGUACAUGUUGAAUAAAAUGAAAAUGGUUUUGGACAGUAUAUCGGGGCAGAAUAUGGUAUCAAUAAUCAAGUUAAUAAUUUUGCUAAAAAUCCACGAUGCCAAAAUAUUUACAUUGCGGUACAUGUAUUUUGA